GCAUUGUGACGUUCAAUCGUUGAAAUUAAUAGGGACACACAAACAAUUUAGGCCUAGAACUAGUGUGUUCCAUUUUACAAACAGUUUAAGUGAAAUUAAUUUUAUUAGCUGGUCUUGGCGAGGCGAAACAUUGCUUCCAUUUCAUAGGUUUUGUUUUGGCAGCAUAAUGUUUGCUGGCUUGUAAUUUGUAGAGGGCUAGACAGAGAUGUGUAACGUUAAAUUAGAAAUCUGCUAUUAGAUUGAAAAAACAAAAAAAAAACAACUUAAAGUGUUAAUGCUAGCAUCUUUCUAGAUGUUAAAAUAUAGAAAGACUAUUUGCUUGUGUUGAAAAAUAUAAAAGAAUUCAUUUUUCUUAUUUAUUUAAUCAUAUUCUAAAAAGAACAUAGUUGGACAUGUCUUUCAAAACAUCAAUCCUAUUAUUACUUGGAUUGUCGUACAGUAGUCUAAUAUCCUGCGCUGUGACCUGGGGUGAGGAUAGCAAUGACCACGAAGAGUUUCCUUUCUGUGGAUCACAAGUGCCAAAUGACCUUCUCAUUGACCUGAGCGAACCAUCACGACCUGGUCCUUUCCACGACCUAACGAAAGAAGAAAUACAAGCCAUUCGCAGGUUCCUAGAGACAGAUCCCAACAUCAAAGCAAGCAAGCCAGAAGACAUAGCAUUGAAUGCCAGUGUUGUUCAAACUGCUGAUCUCUAUGUAGCCAGCAAAUCUCAAGUCCUUCGAUAUUUGAAUGGGUCAGGUGACCAGCCUCCUCGUCAAGCUCGCGUGAUGAUGCUAAGAGGUGACCUCACACCUGCAGUUGUCCAGGAGUUUAUCUGCGGACCACUUCCUAACGUCCAGCAAUGCGAGCUCAUGAACCAUAAGUACAGAAGAAAUCCGGCGCAGUUCUCAGUCAGGCCUUUCCACAAAAUGGAGUUUCUCAACGUCUAUGAUCUCGUGAAUGUGAUUUACGACAAGGUCCCACACAUUCUGAAAGAGAGUUACGAUGAAGAUGUGUACCCGUCAAUUUUCAACAGUGACUUGAACUAUGGCUUCACACCAGUAGGAACUGGCCUACUGGGAGACAUCAAUCAAAGAAAGACUUGGUUUUUGUUAACCCGUGAGAUACCAUUCUAUGAGCUGCACUUUCUGGACUUUGGUCUUCUGUUGAAUUUAGCCUCCUCUAACCUGUCAGAGUGGACCAUUGACCAGGUCUGGUACGCAGGCAGAACGUACAACUCCCUGGAAGAGCUUGACGCUGGAUACAGAGCUAACACAAUACCAAAAAUAAAAGUAGAAAGACCUACAGAUACACUAUUCUCAAGCCUACGACGCCGCGGGAAACCAGUGCCCGAAAAGCCACAGAGAGCGCCAACGCCAGUUGAGCCAGAGGGGAAAAGAUAUUCCGUGAAACAAAGACUGGUGGAGUACUUAGACUGGUCAUUCAACUUCCGUAUGUCCAGUUUCACUGGCCCUCUACUAUAUGACAUCAGAUUUAGAAAUGAAACGAUCGCCUACGAAGUCAGUCUGGGUGAAAUCAGUGUCUUCUAUUCUGGAAGUGUUCCAUUACCACAAGUGACCAAUUACGUGGACAGCGCUGAGUUUGUUGGUCUUCACUCUAGGGCUUUGGUCCCAGGAGGAGAUUGCCCUGACUACGCCACCUUCGUAAAUCUGACAUUCAUCAGCUCAUUCCAAGAAGAGUUAGACUUGAUCGAUUCUGCUUUCUGCAUUUUUGAACUGAAUAACGGAAGUCCGUUGAGAAGUCACACUUCCGGGGAUUAUGGGUAUGAAGGCAUGCUGGACUCGUCGCUUACGUUAAGGUCCGCUUUAACCAUAGACAACUACGACUACAUUAUAGAUUUCAUCUUCCAUCAGAAUGGUGUGAUGGAGACUAGAUUUCUAAGUACAGGUUUCAUCUUACCGAGUUUCUUGAGGGAAUCGGAUAGAAAUUAUGGAUUCAGACUUCAGGAACAUAUCAUAGGGAACGUGCAUCACCAUCUGGCACAGUUUAAGGUCGACCUGGACAUCCAGGGAACUAGAAACAGGCUUGAAGCCUUAGAGUUCACCAGCGUGGAGUCUGAGGAUCCCAAGGAUUCCACCAAAAGGCACCACAAGUUGGGGAUUCGAAGACAGUUAAAACAAUCUGAGCUGGAGGCUGUCUACGACUACGAUUUCAACAGACCACAGUACUUACUGGUCCACAACGAUCAGUUCAAGACGAAGAACGGGGAUAUGAGGGCCUACAGAGUAUUCGCCCCUAGCGUGUCCAAACACUAUCUACCAGAGAACAUUGGGAACGAGAGGUCAGUGUCCUGGGCCAGGCAUCAGAUGGUGGUCACCAAGCACAAAGACGAUGAGUUCUCGUCCAGUUCCAACUACGCCAUGUUUGACGGGGCUGACCCGGUGGUGGACUUCAGCAACUUUUAUAAAGACAAUGACACUAUUGUAGACGAGGAUCUGGUUCUCUGGAUCACAUGUGGUAUGCACCACAUCCCCCACACAGAGGACCUCCCUGUCACCCCUGCAGUGGGAAAUCACCUGUCCUUCUUCUUGAUGCCAUACAAUUACUUCGAGGACGAGCCGUCCAGCCACUCGGGGGACACUAUUUACCAGAGGAACCAGGAGGGAUCACAAGAGACUAAGAAAGGUGGACAGUGCAUAAUACCGCCAGUUACCCUGGAGGAGGACUUACAGAGAAACCCCGACAUGGUCCUGGAAACUUUUCGUACAGGAUAUGCUCAUGGCUAAAGAAAGGCUUAAAGAAGACUGACUGUUGCUGUUACUACAAGGUCCAAUAGGAUUGAUACUAUCUAGAAUGUUGGACCAAGAAAUGUAUUGAAAUGAAUAAAUGUACUAAUAUACACAGAGAACCUUAUAUAGAUAAACAUUGUCUAUGUGUUGUCCUUGUGCUAUUGGUUGACGAUCGAGUU